AUGGAUGACCCGCCCAUUGACUUUGAUUUCAAUGAACUCGAUGACGACUAUAUCUUUGCCGAACUUGCCUCACGGCAGGUAGAGAAUACGGAGUCGGACUAUGCCGGGCGUGUUGUGUCGAGCCCUGGUUCGUAUGUGGUUGUCGAAGAGGAGAUGCAACCAUACGUAGAUGGCCAUGUCCCGAUGGAGGGUAUGCAACACGAUUCAGAACGUGAUGUCUGGGCAUUCGGGAUACUAGACCUCCCCAGUAAUUCCUUCCCGAUGGAUGGUUCAAACGAUGGCAUGCUUCCCAGUGCGCUCACUGCAUCGAGCGCGUCAUUGCCCUUCAUACCGUCCCUACCAGGGCAAGUCGUGAAUCAUGAAGGAACGCAAGAUUCCAUGUCCGAUUGGACCUUCCCGUCACCCGCGCCCAGCUGCGUCACCCUCGACCCAUUCGCACCGCCUCAGCCAAACUCAUCCAUGUCCGACUCCUUCGACUCCUUCGACUCCUUGGAAUCCUUCACAUCAUACUCAGAAUUCCCCAUCACCACCUUGAGUGCGUUCCAGGGACUGUUGGACAUUGAAGGCCCAAUCACCAGUUAUGAUGAUUGGAGCACGAUCGGGGCUCAGGCUGCGGGUUAUGAGGUGCAGGAGGUUGUGUUGGGCAAUGGCAUGAUGAUGGUCCACGAAGAGCAAGAAGAUUUUCAGCAGAACGUCACAGAUCGACAGACGAUUCCGAGCGCCCAGGAUACCCGAACUAACAACAUACGCAGAGAACUCCCCACGUACGCCACUAUGUCCGAGAGCCCCAGUGCCAUCUCGGAAUCGUCUGGCCGCUCGACGGCCAGCGCAGACGGAACUGAAGAGGAGAAGGGAGAAGGGAGAGGGAGAGGAGGGACGAGGAAGAAGAAGAAGAGAGAGCAAGGUGGCACCUGCAAGCAGUGCCACCGCGUGUUCACACGGGAGGCCGAUGCCCGACGCCACGAACUUGCACGCCACGGUUGCAACCAGAUCUCGUGCAUGGCCUGUGGUAAGCCCUGUAGCCGGCCAGAUGCCCUCAAACGCCAUAUAGACAGUAGCUGUGGAAAGGGGAGAAAGCCGGGGAGAAAGCCCAAGGUCCCCAAAUAA